UUGGUGAAAUUCCAGUUUUCAGGGUUCGACGGGACAAGGAAUCUGUUGGCUGGCAUACUUUUCGGAAUCUCAAUUAAGGGUACCCAUGCUCACAGUUUUAUCUGCUCGUUUUCCUCUGUUGAUGAUCUAAAAUUGCGAUCAUUAAAGAGUAAUGACGGGUCCGUAGGAUGUGACCUACACUCGUUGAGCAAAGGGAAAAGACAGUGGAUUAUGGAGAAGGUUGGGUGGGAUGUUUUAGGAUCGGGAGUGAAUGAUGGAGAACUGGCUGCAUUCGUUUCAUACGCUAUCGCCUCCCAAACUCAAGUGUUUUUCUCAUCGACACCUAUGAUAAGUGGAGUUAUCAACUUUAUAUCUGUCACCUUGGCACUUUUCCUGCUUGGAUAUAGGUCCGUGGAAUGCCGGAUAGAUAGUGGUAAUUUGGCCUAUCUAUCGAAGGAAGUUCGAAGGCGGUUACGAAUGGUUGCUGGAUUUCAUUUUCCAGUAAAUCGGCUUAUAUUUUGGGGACGUUACUUCCGUUGGAUCGAGUUCCUUCUGAUUGUGGCUUCGAAUGAUAUUAAUGAGGAAACGAUCAUAUCACUCAAUGAACACGUGAAAUCGAUGCUUUGGAAGUGGUACUCAUCUCGUUACCUGUCAAAAACAGCCAGCUCUUUGCUGUGUGUGCAAGGUAUGAUUACUGGCCAAUGUAAGAAUUUAGUAGUAGUAGUUAAGAAUGUAGUUAAUAAGUUAAGUGAUGUAUUUUCCACUUUACCGAAGACAUAUUUUCAUUUGGUCGUGUUAUCUGGACACCAAAAAUUUAAGCUAAAUCAAGAGUUGUCGAAGAAUACAAUUCCUGGACUGAAGAGAAGCUUUCGGCUUUACGGAAAAUCUGGUUUCUAUAUUUUGGACCUGAUAGUGCUCGAAGAGGAACAGGACCGUGUGUGUAACAAGCCGCUUCUUUGUCGUCAUCCCUCUGAGGAUCGAGUGAAUGCAUCAUGGAAAACACUGCGAGAGCACCAUCGUCGUUACCUCAAUCCGACUCCUUACAAAGUUUCUGUCUCGAAGAAGUUCUACGUGUGUAUUCAUAAGAUCUGGCUUCAAAAUGCACCCAUCGGUCAGCUCGAAUAA